CGAUACUCGAGAAAUCUGCAGUGUAGCUCGUUCUGUUUAGUAUGUGCAGCAAUGAACCGCAAAUAUGCAUGAAAUUAGGCCGUUACUAAAUUACAUCGAUGGAAAUUAUUUUCAACCUCCAAUUAAUCAACAAUUCGCGCCAAAUUUUAAUCACUGGCCUAACAACAACUACCAGGCUAGAUACAAAAAUAAUAUGGAUUACAAUAAUUUCGUUCGAGGUUCGGGGUUCUGUCAAAGGGGUAGGUACUGGUCAAAUAAAAGAAAUCGGUGGAAGCCUCGGCACCACUUGGAUGAUGUGUGGAAUCCAAAUUACGAGGAUGAUGAGGAAGUUGAUCAAAACCAGUUUGGUCCCGCGGGCAUAAACAAACUACAAAAUAGGAGUCAAUGGAGUAGUUCCGGGUCCAAUUUUCGAGGAAGAGGGCGAUCAUUUCUACACAGUUUCUCAAGUCAGAGUUUUCAAAGAAGUACGCUGGAUCUUGACAGGCGAGCACCUACCACUGAUAUAGAAGAACAAGUAGGUGUUAUAGAUGAAACUAACUCCGAAGACUCUAUUAAAACAGAUAUAAAUAUGAAGAAUGUUUCCAUAGAAAAACAGAUUUUGCCAGAAGUGCCAGAACCAAUGGAAACUAGUUUUACAGAACACCCAUUAUCUAAGUGCAAUAAACCCAUUGGUGACAAGACUUGUGAUAAUGUUAAAGUAGAUCAACCAACCCGGGAAAAUCUGAAUGAAAAUAAGUUUACAAAAGAUUCCAAAAGUAUCAAUAAUAAUACUUGUGAGAGUUUUUCUAGAUGCUCGCAAAGUACCAGAUAUCAGAUAUCUGAAGAAAAUAAAUAUAGCAAUACGAAAAUUUGUGAUGUUACCAAAAAACACGACUUUGUUGAUAAUUCCAAAGAAAAGUUAAAAGUUAAAAAUUGUGAUCGUACUGAAAAAACAGACUCUUCAAAAACUUCUAUCGACGAUCAUAAAAACCUUAAGACUGAUACAAUAAAAGCCAAAGAUGAUAGUACAAAAAAUUUAAAUUCAUAUAAAGGUGAUCCUAGACUGUCUAGUGCCAAUAAAAACAAAUAUUUUUGUGACAAAAUACCAAUGCCAGGAAGUAAAAGUAAUUCUAGUGAAAAUUUAGAUUUACAAAAUACCAUAAAAAUGGUUGAAGACAAUAAACGAAACAGAGAUACAGAAAAAGGUUCAUCGAAAGAUUCCACACUGAAAAAUAAAAGUAACAACAUUAUAAAAUCAGAAUCAAAACAUGGCGGAAAUAAACAUAAAGAAAUUGGUGAACAAAAGAAGUCCGAUUUAGUUAUGAAAAUGGAUAAAAAAGUAAAAAAACAUCAAUCCAAACAUAUAUUGAACAAAACAGAAUCUGUUAACGAUAACGAAAAAAAAUAUUCACAUUCAACGAAAGACAAACAACAUAAACCAGAAUCAGAAGCGUCACAUGCCAAUAAUAUAGGAAAACUGAUAUCUAAAGACAACAUAGCUAAGCCGAUUAUAAAGUCUGAUCAUAAAGUCGAUAAAAAAGUAGAAUUUAAAAAGGAAAAGGUAAAAGAUUUGAAAGUCGUUAUAAAAAGUAUUGAUGUAAAUACCGAGAAAGUUAAUAAAUUAGAUACGACGGUUCAUGUGUCUCAGGAUUCAAAAAUUGAACAUUCCAAACAAAAAAUUGUUCAAACCUCGAACAGAGAAAGUCUCACUGACAACUUUAUUCAAGACAAAGAACAAACGGGAUUGAUUACGAUUGAGAAAGAUGAACGCUCUGAAUGUGGUAAAAAGAGACCCUCAAGUACAAGUGAUAUAUCCCAUUUCUCUAAACGAAACAAAGUUUCACAACCGGAAAAACCAGAAGUUGUAGAUGCUAAAAAAUUCGUAGGUAGAAUACCCAUUAAACGACGGCUCAAUAUGGAUGGUGAUGAUCAAAAAUUGGAAAUUUUGAAAAACUCUAUAGAUGAAGUUCAUGUUAAGGUAGCAAGGUUACAUGGGGAAGAAAUUGAGAAACCUAUGUCACUCGGGAAUUACAUUGGCACUAUGUCGAAAAGGACAUUUUGUGAACCUCCUCAACUGAAAACAAAAUUUUUGUCUCCGCGGAAAGCUAUGCAUUUGUUUGGUCCAGAUUAUUUUGAAGAUAGUGAAGAUAAGAAUCAGUGCAAAGAUGCUGAAAAAUCUUUGGAAACUAGUGCAAAGAUAUCAAAGCCUGAAGUCAACAAGUUAAAUACAUUAAAAAUGUCUUCAUUCAAAAUUGACAAAGGUAAUUCUGGGGAAAAGGGUAAAAAAGAUAAACAAGAUAAGAAAGAAAUUACGCGAAGCUCAGCCGACAGAAAAUCUACCUCUAAGGAGAGUAAACCUAAUCCUGAAGAAAACAAUAACAAAUCUAAUGAAAAAUUAUUAGAGAAGAGGAAACGUGGCCGCCCGAAGAAACAAGUAAUAGAAGACGACGUCAAGGAAGAUCUGAGAGCAGAGAUGGUUAAAAUGCAACAACUAUUGGAUGAUCAAGUUCAAGCAAGACGAAGAGUUGAAGCGCAACUUCAUAAAGAACGAGAGGAGGCAAAAAAGAAUAAACUGGAGGCUGAACGAAAAGAAGAGGAGAGAAAACGUACCUUAGAGAAACUUCUAAUGAAUACCGUAUUUCCUACAGUUUCUGAAGUGUGUAUUGAAGAAACAGUCAAAGAUUUCGUAACACCAGAUCCAGAGAAACAUGUUGCUGUUGAAUUGAUUCAUCCUCAUCCUCAAGAAAGUUAUUUCAUUUCGGAUCCACCAGAUUUUCAUGGGUCGCUUGUUAAAAGCCAACGAAAAUUAGUUGUACCUAAGUUAGAAACCAUAGAUCUUUCCCAUGAUGACGACAUUGUUAAGAAAGAAAUCGAUAAGAUAAAAUCUGAAGAAUGUGUAAAAUCUGUUGAACCUUGCAUCUUGUAUAGAAGUGAUGAAUCAGGAAACGAAAAUUUAGAGUGUUUGGUAACUUCCGACUUUGUCAAUCCAAAUUUAGUCUCAUCGCCUCAAGUUUCAAAAUUUUUGUCGCUGGUGGAUCAGUUAGCUAAUAAUGCUACUGAAAUUGCUUGUCUUCCGAAUGAAUCCCCUACAAAUAAUACCGUGGCAGAUGAAAGUACUGAGAAAUCGUCUGUAGAUGUGGCACCAACAAAUGAAAUACAAGAACACAGAGUCAUUAAUUAUAACAGCAUAGUCACACCUGAACCUUCACGUGCUAUUGAUAUGACAGUGCCACAAUUAAACGUUUUAUCUGAAUAUAAUUAUGUGCCAAGUACUGUAAACCGUUCCACGAGCCAAAUACAAGAGAAUACUAGUUUGAAUGUAUCUUCUAAACAACAAUUGCUGAGUGAAGCACGAGAAUACAAUAAUGAGAGUUUGCCUUUGAGCCCACAAUUUUCAGAUACAAUUAAAAAUCCUAAUAAUUUCGUACGCGUUGCUGAACUAAGAUCGAAUGACGCGGAUCCUUUAGAAACAGGUCUUGAACAUCUUUGUCUAAACAAGAGCAUAACAAAUGCGGUUCAACCUGAUCAUCUGUACAGUGCAGAAUCACAGAAACUGAAACUUGGCAAUAAUUUGGGCAGAACUACUUUGAACGAUCAACCAGCAAUGCAACAUGAAAACGAAAAUGAAAAGGAUCUAUUAUAUAAUAAAAUUGGUGUUAGUAUAGCCAAUUUCUUAUUCAUAAUGAUGACACAAGAAAAUUCAAAAAUAUUCAUCUUGAAAAAAUCUGAAAAUAAAAAAUUAUGUGAAUCAGUUAGUCGGUCUAUGCACGCAACUUUGGAUAAUUUAAAUCUACAAUUAGGUCAGGCACCUAAUAUACAUAAUAUCGUUAUGGCCACACAGAAAUCGUUGCAGAAACAAUUUAAUGUUAAACGGGAAAGUGUACCUCCUUUAACAAUUUACAUUUUCCUUUACGAUAUGAUUAAAAGUCUUCCAAACAACUUCGCCUGUAGCGAUUGGACAAGAUGUUUUCGAGAAACGUUAAUUACUACAAUGACGUGCAUAACUCAACAUUUGCAUCUUAAAAAAAAUCCACGAGAAAACAAAAAUAGCAAUAUUGGAUUUACAUCAAAACAAAGGAAUACCCUUUUGAAAAUGAUUCAUAAGUACAAUGCGUCAGUUGAAUUCGUUAGAAGUUUUAAUAGGAGGAGUAGAUCAGUAAUCAGAGCGCCAGUGCUGUCAACACAGGUGCAAAAUAACAUACAAACGACAGAUAUAAGACUCCAACAAACAUCGGUCACAUCCAACCAUAAUCCUAAAAUGUCCAACAUGCCACAAUUUAUGAAUUCUGUAGUCGAAAAUCAAACAUUCUCGACUCAAAAGAAGGUGACGUCACCAUUAACAUUCCACAACUUUAUUCCACCACCCGUUUAUUCUUCACAAUCAGCGAUCACCAGAACCAACUCAUUGACCAAAUUGAACAUGGUGCAAAUGACCAAGUCUGCUGCGCUGGAAACACCACCAUACAGCCCUGUUUCCCAAUCGAAUCCGUUAAGGUUGGAAUUGCUUAGACGUAGACAUUCGUCGUCCAUAUCCCCGAGCCAACCUCAUACUCCUGAAUAUCAAGACCACGUUUACGCACCUAUUCUAACUAGAAACCAACCUGUAGUGCCAACAGCUUCAAUAUCGCAAAGGCAAUUAACGACGUUAUCAUCUGGACAAUACACAGCGCAAAGUUUUGUUUACCCACAGGUUGGACCUAGAAAUGCCCAGGUCAUAAGUCAGAUUAACAACCCGGUAAUGUUGCCUAGAUACCUAGCUCCCUUAUCAUCCACAGACCAAUUCAUUCACAAAUUACAAAAUGUAGUUAUGUCUGUAAACACACCAGAAAAUGAAGGCAACAAAGAACCCAUGGUGCGCCGUAGACAUUCAACGUCCUUCACACCUACACAUCAGCCCAAUUAUGUGGAACAAAAUGUUGUAUACACGCCCAUUUGGUCCCGAAAUAUCCAGUCGGUAAAGGACGCUACUAAAGAGACGACAGUGGGGAAUACAGAUUUCGUAGGAUCCUCGUCACCAAGCCAGACUGUUCCCGAGUCAUCAAGUUUGCACUCUAUCCCGUCGUCUGCGCCCGAUCGUGUAGACAAUACUGACUCGUUCCGCAUCCGUCUUCCACUCAAGGAGCCCAACACAACCGGCAGGCGACCAUCAAUGCCAUUGUUGGAGAACGAAAACAACGAUGAACACAGAGAUACUAACACUGUAGAACGAAAUAUUGAGCAACAACAGGAUGAAAUUAUUGAUUUGACUUGGUUGGAUGAUGUGUCUGACACCGAGAUUGAGAAUGUUUGCUUAAAUAUUAAGGUUGAAACCAAAAAAGAGGAAGUGGACGAGGACGAUGCUGAGUUGAUGGUUGUGGGGGAUACCUUAGACAGAAGCCAUAAAACGGGUACACCAUCAGAUAGUGGUUUCUCUAGCCCCGAACAGACUGUUUACGAUGAUCAUAUCUGUACGUGUGGCAAAAAAGCUGUCUUCUUGUGUACCAAGUGCAAAUCUGUAAUGUAUUGUAGCGAAUCCUGCCAGUUAAUCCAUUGGCCAUACCACAAGGCAUCCUGUUCAAACGAGAAAUGGUAUCAUUAAUAUGCCAGUAUUAGAACUUAAAUAUGUACUUAUAUUGAUAUCUCAUUAGUAUUUAAGUAUUUUUUAACUUUUAAUAUAAGAUUGAACGUUAGGUAUUUCAUCUACCUCAAAUAAGUUAAUAUUCCUACUGAUUAUUAUUUUAUGAAUAAUAGAAAUUUUAUAAGGAAUGUUAUAUAUUUAGAUAUUUUAUUAUAAUGUAUUCAUUACUAAAAGACUGUUACAUUUUUAAAUUUUUGAUGUUUGUCAAAAUAUAUAUAAGAAUUUAUUUUCAAAUGUGCCAAAUGUGUUUCAUUUUCCUUAUAUGUUUAUGAUAAUGGUUUGUUUAUUUUUUCUUUUUUAUAAGUUUAUUUUGAUAAAUUGUGAUAUUGUUGCUUUAAUUAUAAUUUUGAAUAACAAAAACUACAGAAAUAACUCAAAUUUAUUUCUAGAGGUUUUGUUAAGCAUCACUGAUUAGAAUAGAUUUAAGUUUAUUUUAUUGUUCUAAAUCCAGAAAAGCUGGAGCAGUUGUUCAAUAAUAAAAAUAUAAAAGUAA